GUUUUAUCUGAGGUGAAAUUAAAUACAAAUGACAAAUGUUUGCGAAUUAUCCGACUGGAACAUACAUGAUAUGGUGCAUAUUAUGUAUAAACAAACUAGUUGCUAUUUAGUACAUUAAUCCGGUAAACCAUAAAAUAAUGGCCAGUGCAAUCGACUUAUCCGAUAACCAAGAAGCUCAAAAAUUCGCCGAAGUAGAACUAAACGAAACGGACGAAUCUAGGACCAGUGCCUUGGAGGAGCUUAAACGAUGGUUACAAGAAGAAGAACCUCAACUACAUGCUCGAUUAGAAGACCAGUAUUUGUUGGCGUUUUUGAGAGGGUCUAAGUUCGACAUGGAAAAAGCAAAGAAGAAAGUAAAGAAUUAUUAUACAAUGAGGAGGGAUGUUCCCGAAUGGUUUUCGAAUAGGAAUCCAGAGUUGAAUGUCCUGCAAGAAUUGAUCAAAUUGGGGUGUUUUGUGCCAUUAAAAGAGAAGCAAGAUAACAGAAUAGUUGUAAUUGUCCGAACAGCCGUCCAUAACCCAAGCAUACACACCCAGGAUGACGUCUUUAAAGCCGGCACCAUGAUGAUGGAUGUAGCUGCUAUGGAAAACGUUAUUUCUGCACACCUUUACGGAGUAACUGCUAUUUUUGACAUGGCUGGAGAGAGUGUUUCCCAUAUUAAACAAUUGACGCCCGGUAUAGUUAGAAAAGCUGUGAAUUGUUGGCAGAAUUAUCACAUCAGGCCCAAGCAUCUUGAGUUCAUCAAUGCACCGACCUCCGUACACGUUGUUAUAUCCAUAUUCAAAAGCUUCAUGAACAGUAAACUAAAAGAAAGAGUCAGGACCCACUUGCCAGGCCAACUGGAAGAUUUGUACACUGUGGUAGACCCCAAAAUUCUUCCUCCGGAAUACGGCGGUCAGGGGGAGACGAUGCAAGAGCUUAUUGACUAUUGGAACGACAAAUAUAUUAGCUACAAAUCAUGGUUCCUUGACGACGAACAAUACAAGGCUGACUGAUUAUUUUAUAUUUUUUAAAUUAUAUUUUAAAUGUUCAAAAGUGUUUUAAAUAUACAAAUAGUUUUACUUUU